AAUAAUAAUAAUAAUAAUAAUAAUAAUAAUAAUAAUAAUAAUAAUAAUAAUAAUAAUAAUAAUAAUAAUAAUAAUAAUAAUAAUAAUAAUAAUAAUAAUAAUAAUAAUAAUAAUAAUAAUAAUAAUAAUAAUAAUAAUAAUAAUAAUAAUAAUAAUAAUAAUAAUAAUAAUAAUAAUAAUAAUAAUAAUAAUAAUAAUAAUAAUAAUAAUAAUAAUAAUAAUAAUAAUAAUAAUAAUAAUAAUAAUAAUAAUAAUAAUAAUAAUAAUAAUAAUAAUAAUAAUAAUAAUAAUAAUAAUAAUAAUAAUAAUAAUAAUAAUAAUAAUAAUAAUAAUAAUAAUAAUAAUAAUAAUAAUAAUAAUAAUAAUAAUAAUAAUAAUAAUAAUAAUAAUAAUAAUAAUAAUAAUAAUAAUAAUAAUAAUAAUAAUAAUAAUAAUAAUAAUAAUAAUAAUAAUAAUAAUAAUAAUAAUAAUAAUAAUAAUAAUAAUAAUAAUAAUAAUAAUAAUAAUAAUAAUAAUAAUAAUAAUAAUAAUAAUAAUAAUAAUAAUAAUAAUAAUAAUAAUAAUAAUAAUAAUAAUAAUAAUAAUAAUAAUAAUAAUAAUAAUAAUAAUAAUAAUAAUAAUAAUAAUAAUAAUAAUAAUAAUAAUAAUAAUAAUAAUAAUAAUAAUAAUAAUAAUAAUAAUAAUAAUAAUAAUAAUAAUAAUAAUAAUAAUAAUAAUAAUAAUAAUAAUAAUAAUAAUAAUAAUAAUAAUAAUAAUAAUAAUAAUAAUAAUAAUAAUAAUAAUAAUAAUAAUAAUAAUAAUAAUAAUAAUAAUAAUAAUAAUAAUAAUAAUAAUAAUAUACUUCAAGAAAAUCGGGAAGAAGAAGAUUUGGAUCAAGAUCAAGAAGAAUUGGAUCCGUUAUUAGCAAAAUGGCAGACCAAGAAAGAUGCCAUAACAUACUCCUUUUUGUCAAGUGUCCCCUCUAUAGUUCCGACAACGUCGUGCAAGGCAGUCUCCACCGACCUCCCUUUAAGGCUGCACCUAAAUAUCAUUAUAAGCCAUGGCAUGAUGGUUAAAAUCGAUUUUUGGAGUAACGCUUUUAAUAGUCGUAGACGCGAUGCCUCCGUGGUAUUCUCCAGUUCCUCACAGAAACGCUCCCAAGAUUCCUUCAUUGCCCGUCUGGUUUCCCUUUUGAAAGUGUUGAAGCUUUGA